CAAGUGAUCAAAGAAGAACCAAGAGAACCCACCAGGUCCCUCCAUCCUUUGUGUUCGCAGCAUACAAUCGGUUCCUUUAUUCUUCGUGCGACCACUAGUUUCCACGUCCGCAAGCAAGGCCAAAUCGACCAAGUCCAUCCUUUUACUUACCACCCAUACUGGCGGUACAGACUUGGAUCUACCUUUGCCAAUCAACGCAGCCGAAUAACAGACUCAACAAUGUCGGAUCAGAAACACGCUCCUACCUCGCGGGCAAAACCCCCACCGGCCGGUGAAGAAGAAGCAGGCGCUGUUCUCAAACUGGGCGAGUUCCAGGACGUCGACACGCUGACACUGUCGGAAGCGUCACUCGUCAUCAACGCCCUCAUGGCCAAACGAAAAAAGGAUCGCAAGGACCGGAACGAGACGGACGCGCUCAACCAGACACUCGACUACCUCGAUGCAUUUGCUCGGUUCAAGGCGAAGGAGAAUGUGGAGGCUGUCGAGCGGCUGCUGAGCACGCACAAGGAAUUGAGCAAAUUCGAAAGGGCCCAGAUUGUCCCUCUAGGAUCCCUUUGCUGCGAUACCGCCGAUGAGUGCAAGACCUUGAUUCCUUCCUUGGCGGACAAAAUCAGCGACGAGGACUUGGGAGAGCUGCUGGAUGAAUUGGAGAAGCUUCUGUGA